AUAGUUGACUCCAAAUUAUGCCAACCCAUUAACAUAUAACUCUUAACCCUCACACUACAUGCACAUAAAUAUAUCACAAUUCUCUCAUCUCUAACUCAAUUUCAUUCCUUCAAGCCAUGGGAACCCUAGAAAUUCAAACACCAUUCCCCACCACCGAUGUCGAAAAAACCGACGCUGCGGCGGCGGCGGAUGAAGACGACAUUUCGCCUAUCGAGGAGGUUCGGCUAACCGUGUUGAACACGGACGACCCGACCCUUCCGGUAUGGACGUUUAGAAUGUGGUUCUUGGGCUUACUAUCAUGUGGGCUACUUUCUUUCUUGAACCAAUUCUUUUCUUACCGAACCGAACCACUUGUAAUAACUCAGAUCACGGUCCAAGUGGCUACACUUCCGGUGGGUCAUUUCUUGGCCGCUGUAUUGCCCAAGACCAAGUUUCGGAUCCUCGGAUUCGGGUCGAAAUCGUUUUCUUUAAACCCGGGCCCGUUUAACAUGAAAGAACACGUACUAAUAUCCAUAUUUGCUAAUGCUGGAAGUGCAUUUGGAAAUGGGUCGGCUUAUGCUGUGGGUAUAGUGACGAUAAUUAAAGCUUUUUAUCAGAGGAAAAUAUCAUUUUUGGCUAGUUGGAUUCUUAUACUUACUACUCAGGUGCUAGGGUACGGCUGGGCCGGGUUACUGAGGAAGUAUGUGGUUGAACCGGCACACAUGUGGUGGCCGAACACUCUGGUUCAGGUCUCACUCUUCAGGGCAUUACACGAAAAAGACGAUAAAAGUCAAGGAACAACACGAGCCAAGUUCUUCGUCAUUGCACUAACUUGCAGUUUUAUCUGGUACGUAGUUCCCGGUUACCUAUUCACAACACUCACAAGCAUUUCAUGGAUCUGCUGGGUGUUCUCAAAGUCCGUAACGGCACAGCAGCUCGGUUCUGGCAUGAGAGGCCUUGGUCUCGGAGCUUUUACACUCGACUGGUCUGCCGUAGCGUCAUUCUUAUUCAGUCCACUCAUUAGCCCUUUCUUCGCCAUUGUUAAUGUUCUCGUUGGCUAUCUCCUUAUAGUCUACAUUGCUAAUCCUGUUGCUUAUUGGGGCCUCGACUUGUAUAACGCGAAGAGAUACCCGAUAUUCUCCUCGCAUUUGUUUACGGCUCAGGGUCAGAAGUAUAACAUAUCAGCUAUUGUAAAUGACGAAUUUGAGCUUGAUCUGCCAAAGUAUGAGGAGCAAGGAAGAAUUCAUUUAAGCACAUUUUUUGCUCUUACUUACGGGUUCGGUUUUGCAACCAUUGCGUCUACGCUUACGCAUGUUGCGUUAUUCUAUGGAAGGGAGAUAAUCGAGCGCUAUCGUGCUUCUUCCAAGGGCAAGGAGGAUAUUCAUACCAGGUUGAUGAAAAAUUACGACGAUAUACCUUCUUGGUGGUUUUACGUGUUGCUGGCUUUGUCACUUGCAGUUUCGCUUGUUCUCUGCAUAUUUUUGAAAGAUCAAGUUCAACUGCCGUGGUGGGGACUUAUCUUUGCCAGCGCAAUGGCAUUCUGCUUCACCCUUCCGAUCAGCAUCAUAACUGCAACCACAAACCAGACACCGGGGCUGAACAUCAUUACUGAAUACGUUAUGGGUAUCAUAUAUCCAGGAAGACCAAUAGCUAAUGUGUGCUUCAAGGUGUAUGGUUACAUGAGCAUGGCUCAGGCUGUCUCUUUCCUUAAUGAUUUCAAGCUUGGACACUACAUGAAGAUCCCUCCAAGAUCAAUGUUCCUGGUUCAGUUCAUAGGAACGAUGCUUGCCGGAACUAUCAACCUUUCAGUUGCAUGGUGGUUGUUAAACUCCAUUAAUAACAUAUGCCAAGAUGAUCUGCUCCCUCCCGACAGUCCUUGGACAUGCCCAGGAGACAGAGUCUUCUUCGAUGCAUCGGUCAUAUGGGGUCUGGUGGGACCAAAAAGGAUCUUUGGUAGUCUCGGAAAUUAUCCAGCCAUGAAUUGGUUCUUCCUAGGAGGUGCAAUUGGACCCGUUAUAGUUUGGCUGUUGCACAAGUCAUUCCCAAAACAGUCUUGGAUUCCUCUAAUUAACCUUCCUGUCCUUCUAGGAGCAACGGGAUCAAUGCCUCCAGCAACAGCGGUAAACUAUAAUUCAUGGAUCAUAAUUGGAAUAAUAUUUAACUUUUUCGUCUUCCGUUACCGGAAGAAAUGGUGGCAGAGGUACAAUUAUAUUCUUUCAGCUGCACUAGAUGCUGGAGUGGCUUUCAUGGCGGUGCUACUAUAUUUUUCGGUGGGCAUAGAAAAUAGAAGUAUAAAUUGGUGGGGCACGAAUGGUGAACAUUGUGAAUUAGCAACUUGUCCGACAGCCAAAGGCAUAAAUGUUGCUGGUUGCCCCGCCAAUUAAUGACAUUAAAGGUUCGCGUGUUUCAGUUUACAGUGAUGCAUAGAAUAGAUUUAGCAGAUAAUUCACAAGUAGGUUUCAUAAGUAUGAUAACUAUUACAUAGAAUUCAGCUUUACAUAUAAAGUCACGGUUAUUGAUUUAUGUUUUCAAUGUGAAAUGCAAAAAGUGUAAUAUAAAUUAAAUUGAGAAUCACAAAAAAAGUUUAAGAUUGAAA